UGCCAGUGAACUCUAACGUACAGGAAGAAGACGUGAACUUCCUGUCAGUGCAAUAACAAGCAAUGGCGGAGGAAGGACCGGGUAGAGAAGCCAAAGCGACCCGAACAGCCGCAGAGAUGCAGCUUCUCCGCCGCAGACAGGAGCUGGACUACUUCCAGAAGAACGCAGCGCGGAUCCGGAGCAGGAACCUGCUGACCGGCCUGGGCAUCGGAGCGUUCGUGGUCGGCAUCUUCAGCUACACCAUCCUGUCGGUCAAACAGGAGAGGAUCGUGGAGGAGCUGGAUGAAGAGGCCAGGAUCCACAUCAUCAGGGGCCCGCGGACUGGGGCCAACUCCUGAUCAGGAGCUCAGCUGGGCAAACAUGCGGACCCAUCACACAUCCAUUUCUCGUUUUACGCAUUUUAUUCCACAAACUGUUAACACAAGUGAUACAUGUGGACAUUCUGACAAAUAAGAAUGUUAUAAUAAAAUAAAGUCAUAACAGUUGUAAAA